UAGAGCGAGUAAAAGUAAAAAAGUAAAUGCGAGGCAAGAUGUAACGAGCGACAUGUUUGUUUUCAUACCGGUCCGAAUUAAACGUCGCGAUUGGUUCAAAAUCCAUAACUGGCCUCCGAGAGCCAGGUGUCGUUCACACCGCGGCCUCGCGCCUCGUCUCGUUAAUCACUCGUGUACGCUAUUGUUAAAGCGCGGCGAACAGCCAUCUUUGUCAAAUUACGGCGAUUCAAUUACCUAUAAUUCGUUUUGUUUGUGGUAAUCAAAUGGAACAAAACGCGGACACUAGUGCUACCGACGCUUCGUUUGGCAGGAUCGUGUACAAUUUUACAUUCUCUUUUGUUUCAUUACUAGCAUGACGCUUCGUUGAAUGGAAGCGUUACGACUUAUGUACGGCGUUAACAUCCAGGCAACCAUUAAAAUGAUGGAUGAUGUUGUGUUUUGCAAAAAAAGUGCGAAGUGAUCGUUUUAGUAAAUAAUGUGAAGAGUGCUAUUAAUGUUUAUGUCUCCGCGUGUGUGUCUGAUGAAAACUGCGUCGUAAUUUAGUUGUACACAUUGCAUUUACGAGUGAAAUGGCGUUGCGGAGCGCGCGGGCCGGAGCAUGCGCGCCAGUUUCCUUGCAAUCGCUGGGAACGCACUGAGUGUCCUUCGUUUACGUGCACAUCAAAAUGGGAAGGUCGAGAUUCCCUGGAAAACCGCUUAAAUUCCAGAACAGAAAACGUAUUAGUGUUUUAUCGGGCACUGUUUACCAUGAGACUACUUCAGAGAGUCAUCCGUCCACCCGUGGUGCGACGACCAAUGAUUUUGCUGGGGAGAAAGAGGAGGAAGAAAAGAAAGAAAAUAAUAAUGAAAAUGGCAUCAACGAAGUUGGUGAAAAUAACAUAGCUCAAACUAAAGUGGAUCAAACACAAAGCAACCAAGAUAAAAACAGUGAAUCAUCGAAGUCCCCAGUGCGUACUAGAUCACAGAACAAAAUGGAGAUCACAAAAGAGAAACCCAAACCAGUGAAGAAAACUGUAACAUUUGGCACUGUUGAGAGUUGUGAGGAUAUCUUCUUGCCACUGAAGAAGAUUCCUAAACAUCAUGCACCUCUGGUUCCUAUCAUUAAGAAGAAAUCUGCACUUAAACCAACAGAAUACUCUAGCAUUCUUAAACCUGCUAAAUUAACAGAUCUAAGUUCUAAAUCUGCAUCAGAACAUCAAGAGGGUUACAUGAGAAAGAAUUUGAAUCCUCUGUCAAAACCUAUGAACAAAUUCACACAGUUUAGUGAAAGUCGUUGUAUGUCACCACCCCCUCGAAACACAUCACCUAUAGAUAAAGAUAAUGGAACUUCUUCAAAAUUUGUAUUACCAGCCAGGAGCAGCCACUCUUCUCGAGUUAUUAAACCAAACAAGAGGUUCAUCGAUGGUGAGGAACAAACAAUGUUAACAAGUAGUACCAUAUCAUCAGGAAAGGUUCUUAAGAAACCAAAAUUAAAGAGAUUGGUGUUUAAUAAUUUACAUGAUGAUGAUGAUACACCAGAAGAAGAGCCUAACAAAUUCAAUGAUAAGGAUAAAAAUCUGUUGAAAUCAUCCAACCUAUUUAAGGAUAAAACAACAAAUUCAUUCUCUGGUUUAAGUACAAACUCGAGAAAGACAGUGCAUGAUUUAUUUUCCUAUGAAAAAGAACCUGAUUAUUCACAAGAUGAAAAUUCCAAUGUAGAAAGUCUGGAAAAACUUAAAACCAUGGAAACAAAUAAGGAGGAUAGAACUGGGCAUGCAAUGAGAAAAUUGAUGGAUAUUUCUGAUGCCAGCAGCUCAAGUAGUACCAGUAGUAGUUCAGAAUCUGAAGAAAGUUGGGAAAGUGAUAGUCCUGGUGGAAGUGGGGAUGAUGAAGAAAGGACUUCUCCACCUAGUCCAGAAAAAGAGAAAUCAUCUGCCUCCCAGCUUUUGAGAGGUAAAGUCAUUAUCCGAGAAGCAAGAUUACAACUCAAUCCUCCGACGCAAUCUACAUCUGGUUUAGAUGGACCAUUUUCCACACUUACUGCAUUAUCAUCUACAAAUCCUCCAACCACUGUCACUUGUGGUGUAUGUGGAGCGGUGCGAUUUUAUAGAUUUGUUAAGCAAGCCAGAAAAUUUGGGAUUUAUUCUUGUGAAUCUUGUCGUAAAUUCAUUUCAAAAAUGUUAAAGAAGGAAAAGAUGUCACAAAGGACAGGUCCUGUAGUCAUGCAGUGUUUGAAAGGAGAAGGUAAUUGCCAUGUUCCUCCAAUAGUUAGGUCACAGCAAUGGAAACUAUUGCGAUGCACAAAUAAAGCUAGAUGUCCAGCAUGUUGGCUCAAGAUGUGUCUCAAGGCAUUCCAGGUACCACCAAGUAUAAAAGCUGGCUUGACUGCCAUGUUGCCUCCAUACAUGAAAACUGGAGUGAAACCUGUAUCUCCUUUAACACAAGUAAAUCCAUUAAGAAUAGGUCAAACCGCUAAUAUUACAACUAGUACCACAGUACAACCAGUUUUUGCAUUACCAAGCAGUGAAAAUGAAAAUAAAGUUUUUGGACCCAUUAAAACAACUAAGAAACCAAAUGAAGAAAUUGAAAAAGUUGUUGAAAAAGAGGAAAAGCCACAAAAAGAAAUUGCAGAAAAAGAAGAUGCUGAGGAAGACUUUGCUGGGAACAAAAAACGUCGUCUGACAAGAAUUAAAGUCAGGAAGAAAGAUAAAAGUGAAUCAAAACAAAUGGAGGAUCCUAAACGACAGAAAGUAGAACUGAAAGGACCAAGAGUUAAACAUGUAUGUCGUAGUGCAUCAAUAGUGUUAGGACAACCUAUUGCAACAUUCCCAACACAAGAAGAAAAAGAAAAACAAGAGAAAAUAUUACCAACAACAGAUGAUGAUAGUAGCUCUAUCCCCAUUGCAGACAAGGAGAUUCCUACUCCUGAUUUAUCAAAUGAUGAGUCUGAAGGAGAUUCUGAAAAUAAAAUACCCAACAUUGUAACUACAAUUGAGUCAGAGAUAUCAAGCACGAAGGAAGUGGAUACAGAAAUACAAUUGGAAUCUAAAAAGAGGAAAUUAGAACCAGUAGUACCAGUUAAAUCACAGAGAGCUGAGUCUAGUGAAGAUGAGACUGUAAUGGAUCUAGUGCCGAAGAAAUCAUUUAUAAAACCAUUAACUAAUAUUACAAAUAUGCGGAAUCGGUCACAGAAAUGUGGACAGAAUCGUCCAGAAUUGAUCUGUGUUGAUUUUUGGGAGAGUUAUGAUCCUGAUGAAGUGUGCAGUUCAGGUUUUGGCCUGAUCGGGACUGCAUCAUUUACGGUUGCGAGAAUUUGCUUCUUAUGUGGAAGUGCUGGGAGAGAAAAGAUGGUGGUGUGCUGGUCGUGUUGCGAGUGGUACCACCGGUGGUGCGGCGAGGCGGGCGAGGAGGCGGGCGCGGGCGGCGGCGGGCGCGGCUGGCGGUGCGCGCGCUGCGCGUCCUGCGCAGCGUGCUCGCGCGCGGCGGCCCGCCUGCGCUGCCGCGCGUGCCUCGCGCCGCACCACGCCGCGUGCCUGCCGCGCCGCGCGCUGCCCGACCGUGGCGACUGGCCUCAGAUUUGUAGUUCCUGUCUCAAGUGUAAGAGCUGUGACAGUACUCGUGUGAGCAAAUUUGUCGGAAGUCUACCGUUCUGUGGACCUUGUUUCAAGUUAAGACAAAAGGGUAACUACUGUCCCUUAUGUCAAGCGUGUUAUAGAGACAAUGACUUCGACAGUAAGAUGAUGGAGUGUGGUUGGUGUGGAAGAUGGGUGCAUGCCAGCUGUGAAGGUUUGUCUGGUGAGGGUUACCAACUCUUGUCGGCUCUACCACCAUCAAUUGAGUACAUUUGUUGCAAAUGUAUGCCUAAUGACCCACCAUGGAGAAAGAUGCUCACUGAUCACCUCAAAAGUCGUCUUCUUCAUCUCCUCAAACUAUUAGCAAAGAAUAAGAAAGCUUGUGCAUUACUUAAACUCACACCACACAAAAAUACUCCAGUUCCAAACAAACCAUAUCGUCUAAUGUCUCCACAAGCUAUUCGAAAAUUACACUUUGAUUGUGUGGAUGACUCCAUGAAAAAUACAACAGAGACCAAAGUCUAUAGAAAUACUUCACGAGGUAGAAGAAAUAACAAUUUUUCACAGAACAAGUUUGAUGAUCCAAGUACAUCUCAAAUAUGGCAUUGUUCCUCAUUGUUGAAUGACGUGGAUAUGGAGAAAGAAGAUAUACCACACCCUCUGCACAAAGUUGUUAAUCUACAAGAGCCGCUUAUGCAGAAUAAAGAAAUUUGUUUCUCCACUGGCCUUUAUGACACUAAAACAGAGUUUGAUGCACCUUGUGUGGAAGUACAUGAGAAUUAUCCUCCUCCAAAUAAGAUCGAGAAAGCAACAACUAUGCUACCAACUACAAUACAUGAUGACAAGUAUGAAGCAAUAUCAGAUGAUGAUGAACCAAUGAAAAGCUUUCCUCAGACUCGUAGUGAGCAGGACUUGAGCCCUGCUCUCGUGAGACCAGGUAGUUUCGAUAAUAUUAUUGAUGACAUAAAUAGAAUUGUUUCACCCUCAUUGUUAGACAUUAAAAAAAGAGUGAACAAUGACGAAUAUUUAUCUUUAAAAGAAUUUAAUCAUGAUAUGAAGGAAGUUAUUGAGAGAACUACAUGUGCUGAUCUUAAAAUGAUAUAUAAGGAUUUAUUCACAGAAACUUUUCCUUGGUUUGAUUGUGAAAAUAACUGUUUGCAACCAAAUUUAGAAGUUGAAGGUGAACAAGAUGAUACUGAGUCUCUAAAAGACCAGGACAUCGCUGAAAAUAGAACUGACAAAACUACAGUGUCUGUUGAGAGACCUUUAGAUCAAAUUGUACCUAAAUUUGAAACAGAUGGAGAAAAAUUAGAGGAAGAGUUGUUAGAGUUCUAUCCUGUAGUGGAUUCAAGGAUGUGUGUCCUCUGUAAAGGUGUAGGGGAUGGUUUACCAUCUAUGGAAGGACGCCUUUUGUAUUGUGGUCAAAACGAUUGGAUUCAUGCUAAUUGCGCUUUGUGGUCUGCAGAAGUUUUUGAAGAAAUAGAUGGCUCUCUACAAAAUGUUCAUUCUGCAAUAUCUAGAGGGAAAAUGAUAAAAUGUGCAGCUUGUGAACUAAAGGGUGCAAGUGUUGGCUGCUGUGCUAAAAAUUGUAGUGAAACUUAUCACUAUGCCUGUGCUAGAAAAGAAAGUUGUGCUUUUAUGGAUGAUAAAAGGGUUUUCUGUCCUACACAUAGCAAAGAAGUUCCAAAGAAAAGUUUGCAAAAAGAUACUGAUUUUGAACUAACUAGAGCAGUCUAUGUGGAACUGGACAAAAAGAAGAAAAGAUAUAGUGAAAUUAAUAAAGUACAAUUCCUUCUCGGAUCUUUGACUGUAAACAGUCUUGGAAAAAUAGUACCAUCUGUGUCAGAUUAUGAAGAUUUUUUGAUGCCUGUAGAUUUUUCGUGUACACGUCUGUUUUGGUCUUGUAAAAAACCUUCGAAAAUUGUGAGAUAUACUAUUAAAACAAAGUUAAUACUGGCAGAACCUAUGCCAGGAUUUGAUUUUGGCGUGAAUAUAACUGUUGAUCAUACUAUGGAUGUUCAAGUAGUUGAUAGAGUAAUGGCUGAAAUUGGAGCGUGGCAUGAAAGUUUAGAAACUGGAUCUAGUAAGGCAGUCCUUAUGUUAAAAAGUGACAAAUCUCCAAUAAAAUUUGGGAAUACCAUGACUUUAGAAGAUUUGGCUGUGAAACAAGUAGUGGAAUAUUUACUAGACAAUGUUUGUAAACAAGAACAGCAGGAUGAGGAAGAGCCACAAAAUACGGCUGAUUUAUUCCCACCUGAGGUUAAGGACGCUAUUUUCGAAGAUCUUAAUCAUGAUUUACUGGAUGGUAUAUCUAUGCAAGAUAUAUUUCAAGAUCUCAAAAAUGAGUUUUAUUGUGCUAUGAGUCAAUCUGAUGACAGAAGCAAUGACAAGUCCGAUUUCAUUGAUGAAUUACUUAAUGCUAGAUUAGAAUCAGGAAGCAAAGAGCUGAAAAGAAGCAAAUCAGAAAUGCUUUUACAAAAUCAUAAUCUUAAAACUUUAACAACUGGUCGUGGUCAACAAAGGUCCAGUAGCCUGACGUGGAAUAAUAAAUUCGAUACAAGCCUUUUAUCAUCAACAAUAAAAAGGUGUAAAAUGGGAAAAACUUCAACAGUAACUGAUAAACUUAGCCCCAUUCAAAGAAUAGCAUUGAUAGAAAAUCCUCUAGAUACCAAUAAAGAGGUAGAAGCUACUAACUUAGAUAAAAAAUUAAAAACUGAGUCCACCAACAGUACUGCUUUAUGCGAUGAGACCCCACAUACAUCGGGAAUCAAUUAUCGCACAACUUCUCCUAAACAAAAGGAAGAUAGCAGUAAUGAUAAGAGUGAUAAAACUGAAGGUUAUUACACAGAUGUUAUAGACUUUUAUACUAAAAUACAAUGCAGCCCCAUUUCGCAGUUAGAUGGUACUGCUGAUUGGUCAGGUUCAGAGAGUACGUGUAGCUCCCGACCUAACAGUCCUCGCGACAAUGAUUUUAGUCCGAUACAGCAAUUAGAUGGUGCUGAAGAAAAUCACCCAGGUGAUAAUAGCCAAAGAGGUCAAACUAACCAGUUCCUUUAUAGAGCAAGUGGAACUGAAAGUACUUACACUGUGACUAUAGCUGGAAACUCAAUAAGUGGUCAACCCGAAUUGGUCAUGAGAUCAUUGGAUGAAGUAUCUGCCGGGAAUGGACAGAUAGAACAACUAGUUAGGUGUGACAAAUGUCAGUGUACUUAUAGAAAUAAAGAAUCUUAUGACAGACAUAUACCAAAUUGUGAUUCGAUGUCAACCAGUGAAAGUGAGAGUGAAAAUCCUAAAUCUCCAGAAAAUAGGACAUUGACUACAUUACAAAAUGCUUUUCAAGGGGCCUUUGCUCAGCCCAUGAUUAUUCAUGCUGGAGUUGUAAGUGGUAGUGAGAAUAGUGUGAAAGCAGAAAGCAUAUCUGCCAGAAGGACUUCAAUUAAUACGAGACAGAUUACUAUUAACGGCACUAUCGUCGAAACACCAUCUCCUGGACCAUCAAAUGAAAUGACUAUGACAAUUACUGAACAGAUGAAAUCGGGAACAGUCAUCUUUGAUCAGACUAAAACCACAAAUGUCCAAGUGUCAACAAAUCAACAAAUGCUGUCAUCACCACAAAUUGUUGUGACACCACAGAUGAUAUUGCCGCCUAAGACAAGUUCUGCAGGUGGGCAAAAAAUUAUGACGCCACAAAUAAUAACGCAACCGAGCCUUCUUCCCUAUAAUAUAUGUGUAAAGCCAAAUGGGAAUGCUAAUAUACAGCAGAUACAAGGAGGUGAUAUGGCACAGUUACUUUCAGGAUCAGGUGGUAUACAAGUUAUUUCGUCGAAUUCAAAUCAAGUACUGACAAUACCAUCAAAUCAGACGGGAAAUAUUACACCUAUGAUACAGGGAAAAAAUCAAGUGACAAAUUUCCCAAAUAUGGCAAGCGCAACUUCAAUUGCAUUGCCAGUAAACUCUAUACAAGGAAUGCCCAAUGCCUCAAUCAUUCCAAAUAUUCAACCAAUGAUUCGUCCACAAAUACAAGGGAAUCCUACAAUAGUUGUUCCUGCAAUGACGGCUCAAAGAUUGUCUUCACCAAAUUCACAAAAUAAACAACAAAUUAUAUUACCAGGCAGUAACCAGAAAUCGCCCAAAAAACAACCUGCUCCCGUACAACCCAAGCCCAUUUUUCAGGCGGCUAAUAGAGGCAGAGGUCGUCCUAUUCCUAAACCAGCAACUAUAAAGAGACAAACGAAAUUGGAAAAAACAUUCACAACUAUUAAUCAAUCGCCACUUGGACCUGGGAAUACUGUAAUACAACUGCAAACUAAUAAUCAGACUGGCCAGCCAUCUAUAAUAGUGCCAGUGGCAAACCAGAAUAUAAUGUCUGCAUAUGUAGAAGCUUUGUCUCAACAGCAGAAUCAAAAUAUGCAGUAUAUAGCCACUAUUGCUCCUCAAGGAGACUUUAAAACUGGGCCUCCACAAUUUAUAUCACAAAGUGGACUUGUACCUCAAACAUUUCAGAUACAACAAACAGAAUCAGGUGGAUUGGUAGCAGUUGCUAGUGGUGGGAUUCCAGUAUUAGUACCUCAAGGUAAUGUUGGCAUUAUACCACAAACUAUUCAACCAGGUGCUACUAUUUUGCCUCAAGGUGCUAUACAAACACAAGGGAUAAUUUCUCAGGGCCCUAAUGGUCCAACAAUUUUACCACAAGCUAUUCAUACCCAGAAUGGUACUACAAUAAUACCACAAGGAACCAUUCAAGGAUUAACGCCUGGAAGCAUAACUUCACAAACGGCAACAUUGUUGCCUAAUAAUGCAUUACAGACUGCAGGUGCUACUGUAGUGCCACAAAGUGGAAUUGGCAAUGGGCAGACUACUAUAAUACCAAAUGCUUUACCAUCACAAGGUAAUACAUUAAUUUCAUCUGCUCCUGGUGCUACGAUAUUGCCCCAAGGAACUUUAUUGCCUCAGUUCUGCAAUGAUCAAGUUUUACUUGGGUCGACGCCUACGUUAGAGAUGGUUACAGAUCCAUCUGGUUGUAUGUACUUAACAACAACACAACCAGUGUACUAUGGCUUGGAAACGAUAGUUCAGAAUACAGUGAUGUCAUCGCAGCAAUUUGUCUCUACAGCUAUGCAAGGGGUUCUUGCACAAAAUAGUAGUUUCUCAGCGACUACCACUCAAGUAUUUCAAGCUAGUAAGAUAGAACCCAUAGUGGAAGUGCCUACUGGAUAUGUAGUAGUCAAUAACGUAGGCGAUGGAGUGACGCAGGUAGCCUCAUCGACACCUAAUGUAGUGGCAGCACAAUCAGUCCAGUCGUCACCACCAUCUAUAAAGAAUAGCAAGACAAGUGUACCUAAUCUAACAUUGCAACCUCUACCUGAUAAGUCGUCUAAUAACAAUCGUCAGACCCCUAAAGUGAUUCAAAUGAGUUCGACUCCAAUUGCAGUUGGUUCACAAUCCAUACCUGGUACUAUUAUAACAGGUCGUCAGAAUAUUAAUCCGAUAACUUCUCAGAUACACAGUAUGACGUUAUCAAGUACACCACAGAAUUUACAGAGAAAUAACAUAUCAAAACAGACCAAUGUGACGAUGUCGCCUAAUGUUACUCUUGUGUCGUCAAUAGGACAACCGGUCAUGGCUAUGUCACAAUCUGUGCCGAAUUCUGUAACGUCAUUUUCUAUGUCAUCAAUACCUCUAUCUCAACCAAUCGUGUCUAGUUCAAUUGCACCUUCAGCUAGUAAAAGUAAUAUAAAAAUCGAAAAUCAUGUCAUUGAAAUAAGUGGUAAUUUGCAUGAAGGUUCAAAUGCAAGUAGUAUGCCAACUAUAAGCGUGACACAGAGUAUUAAAUCUCCAACGCCUUGGAGACAGAUGAACACACAAGGUAAUGUUAAUAAUGACAAGUUAGAUUUACAAAAUAUAUCUAUCAAAACAUCUAAUGUCAAUAGUUGCUCAAUGAAUAUACAAAACAAUUUAACUGGCAGGCAACAUUCUCAUAAUGAAUCUGAAAAAAUCAACCAGAAUUGUUUAAUGCCUCUACAGAAUAAUAGUAAUACAAUAUCUAGUAUGAAUUUACAUUCACAUCAUUUUGAUUCAAACUUGAAUGUAAGUCAUCAUUCUUCGACCCAUACUUCAUCCAGCAAUGUAAUUCAGAUUACAGCUGGCAAUAUAUAUCCACCUUCUUCUGUAAUGAAUAGCAACUUUGAUGCAGAUACUACAUUAAAAUUGAGUAAGAUUAACGCACUAUCUAAAGCAGAAGGUGGCCAUUUGAAUUUUUCCCAAGAAAUUAUGGCUUCACAUUCCCAACAACAUGCUCAAAACGACAAAACCUUUCAAAAUAUGGGAACAAAUGACAAUAAACAUAAUACAGAUGGACUUAAUAAUCAAAUGAAUGUACACAAAUUGAACAGUUGUCAGGUAGUUGGCAAUAUGAAUAAUACUCCUGCAAUUAGCAUAAUACCCCACAAUAUAAUGCGUUCGCCAAUGCAAAGUAAUCAAAACACGAUAUCGCUUUCAAGUCAAAACCAAAUGUGUUCUAUAUCAAAUAGUUCAUCUCAUAGUCAAGUGCAAUUAUUGAAUUCUGGAAAUAAUUCUAUGCCAAAUAUGAAUUUGUCGUGUCAGGAAUCUGCCAAUAAUAGAAUGACUAUGAAUAUUUCUGAAAAUAAUCACCAGCAAAAUAAUCAACACGAAAUAUCUAGUUCUUCACCAAAUACGUCCAAUCUACCGCAUGGUAAUAUGCAAAUAAUAUCACAUGACAACAAUCAAUUAUCAACACCUAAUCAGAUUCAUAUUAUGAAUGGUCAAAUUCAACAUAAUAGACCAGAUACUAGUAAUCAAAUUCAACAAGUGAAUCAAGGUCCAAAUAGAUCUUUCCACGACAAUGUCAUUGGAGGUCAAACAAGUAUGCUUUCUAAUCGCAGUACGCCAGAUAACAACAAUCUAAUGAGUCAAUCUAUGAACAUACAUGCCUUAGGAAAUAGUCAUAAUAUAAAUCGGAACGAUCUCAACGAUUUAAAUCAUAUGCACAUGCAGCAACCUAUGUCUAAUAUGAAUAAUAUGCAAAAUAAUCGCAUGAUGAUGGAGAAUAUGCAAUCGCAUAACAUGAACAAUAUGAGUCAUCAGAUGCACUCUAAUAGAUCGAUGGAAAACAUUCAUAAUUCACAACUGCAUACAAUGCAACAAAUGAAUCAUCAUAUGAAUAAUAGUAAUCGUUCUCAAAUGGACAAUAAUAUGCAUGUUAAUCAGCAAAUGUCUUUGCAACAGAAUAGGCAAAUGGAUAACAUUGGACAUCAUCAUCAGCAUCAGAUACCAAACGUAAUGCAAAUGCAAAAUAGUCGUUCUCAUAUGGAUAAUAAUUUAAUGGGGAUGCAUCAACAUGUAUCUAAUCAAAUGCAUAACCGGCAAUCAAUGGAUAACACUAUGCAUAUGCAUCAUAUGCCAGGAAAUACAAAUAAUAUGAAUAUGGCUAAUCAAAUAGAUAAUUCAAAUGCUAUGUCGAAUAUGCAUACUAACAGGCAUGACAACAAUUCAAUAGGGAUGCAAAAUCUUAACACUAUGAGCCAAUUACAGAGCAGAUCAUCAAUGGAACACACGUCAAUGAUGCAGCACCAAAUGAACAAUAUGAACUCAAUGAACAAUAUGAAUCUGCACAGUAAUAUGAAUAGUUCUAUGCAAAUUAACAAUACAAACCAUCAAUCUAUGAAUAGUUCCUUGAUGCAUGUCCCUAAUAUCCCUGAUAUCAAAAAUGAAAUUCAAAAUGCGUGCAGUGGCAGUUGUCCUAGUAAUAGUUCACAGUAUUCUAAUAAUCAGAAUUCAUUUGACAUAUGUUCAAAUAUGAAUACCACUAAUAAUAUGAACAUCAGUACUGGAAACAUGAUGCAUAACAUGAAUGUUAACAACUCCAAUAUGCCUAAUAACAUGAUGAUGAACUCUGUAAACAGUAGUACCAUGUAUGGUGCAAACAGUCAAAACAAUAUGACAGGUCAUGAGAUGUUAAUGAGCUGCAACAACUCAUCAGAUCAUGGUGUUAACAAUCUUAUGUCAGGCAACUCUAAUCAUAUGAUGAUGAACAACUCUCAGCCUCAUGCUAAUUCGAAUCAAAAUCAACUUUUAAGUCCUCAAGUUGCUAAUAAUUCACAGAUGAAUAUCAGUAGUUGCAGUAUGAGCAGUACUUCACAAAAUCAAUUGACUAAUAUGGAUAACCAAAUUAACAGAAAUAAUAUGUCUGUAAAUGAAUCGCCUAAAUUUUCCCAGGAACCUUUGAGAAGUAAAAAUAUUAUGGGUACAUCCUCUAAUCCGAAUUUGCCUAUGUCAAAUUUACCUAAUAAUGAUUGCGCUAAAGUGAAUAUGGUAGGGAAUGAAAAGCAGAAUCAUAGUAUAUCAGUGAACAAUCAAAUAGGUUAUAUGCAAAUGAAUUCACAGAAUAAUAGAGUAAUCAAUCUCCCCGAGAGGAGCAGGAUGAGUAGUGCUAAUCUGGAAAACAAUUUGAAUCAACAUGUGCCCCAACAGCAUAAUAUAAGAGUUAUGACUAAUAAUACUAAUAACAACGUUACUGGAAUUAGCACAGAACCACUAGCAUACCAGCAAAAGAAUGAGAAUAGUAGUACUAUGAUCAAUGUACCAUUCCAAGCAAUACCAAAUAGUGCUCCCAUGAAUAUUAACGUUAACUCCAGUAAUAAUACUGUUAAUAUCACAGUUCAAAAUAACCUUGUUGACCCAAAAAUUGCUUCAAAAGCCGCGACUGAUAUUAACUUCCCUAUUCAACCAAAUACUAAUUUACUUCCAAACCAAAACAAUAGUGGAAACAUGAUAUGCAUUCCUGUUCAGAACAAUACGAUAAACUUACCAACACAAAAUAGUACAAGCAUUACGUUGCCGAAGGCUCCUCCAACUCAACAAUCUGGUAUCCCUACCAAUGUCGUUAAUCCUAUGUCUAUGAGGCCUAUGAAUAGAGUACUACCGUUACAUAGAGAAGGCCAGAGUAAAUCUUCAAAGAGUUCAACUACCAGUAAAUCACCUGCCGUGCCAAAGCAAAGGCCAGUGAGUCAUGACAUGCCGGAUUUAAAUAUUAAGGAUGAAACCAUCGACAGUGAUUUGGAAAAAGCUAUUGAAGAGUCUAAACGUAUGAUGGAGUUAGAAAGAGUUAAGAGGGAAAAAGAGGAGAGAGAUGCAGCUCGCGCUUUGCAGUUAUCUACUGAAAUGCAUCAAGCGAACACAAGCAGUGCUUCAAUAGAGACAGAAACGACCCGUACCAGUGAAACUGUUGAAAUUGUUCCAAAAAUGCCUUCUUUACCUAAUUUAGAUUCGGAAAUGAUUGAAGUAGAUCCUCCAAAAGUAUUAACAGAGAAGGAUAUAAAUAGAACUCCAGUACCUACAAAAGUUCCUAAUGCACCUGCAAAAUUAAUGAAAAGGCCUUUAGGAGACAAAAAGAACGAAAUUGAGUUAAUAACAGCAAAGAAGCAAACAAAAUUAAAAGGCCAAGAGAACAAGCCAUCUCUCCCGAAACCAGCACCAGAUCCUCCCAAAGAUGAUGGUCCCAAAUUAAUAUAUGAAGUGACAUCUGAAGAUGGUUUUAGUUAUACAUCGUCUUCACUAAUAGACCUCUGGGCGAAGGUAGUGGAAGCUGUUCAAAACGCUAGAAAACAAUCUGGAUUACCUUUAAUACAAUAUAACCUACCUUCGAGUUUAUCUGGAGCACAUUUAUUGGGACUUAAUAAUAAUGCCCUGCGAUAUUUAAUCGAGCAAUUGCCUGGGGCAAGUCGAUGUACCAAAUAUAAGAUACGUCAAGGUCGACAAUUAAAUAGUUGGGAUAAUGAUUUGGAUCUAAGCGAGGGAUUUAAAGAGAGUCCAUGGGGAAGCGCUCGCACUGGACCUGUGGCCAGGAAACCAAAUCAUGAUAUGUUUAGUUGGAUGGCUUCGCCAUUCAGAGAGGAACCUCCGCCGUUUGGUGGUCAGGAGGGAGAAAGUUCUAUAUCAAGACGUUUGGCAACACUACCGCCUGCAAUGAGAUUCAGACAAUUAAAAGAGACUUCAAAAGUAUCUGUGGGUGUGUAUAGAUCUCAUAUUCACGGACGAGGUUUAUUCUGCAAACGUGAUAUUGAAGAAGGGGAUAUGGUAAUAGAGUAUGCCGGUGAAGUGAUUCGCGCGGUUCUAGCUGAUCAACGCGAGAAGCGGUACGAGGCGAUGAGCGGGCGACGUGGAGUUGGCGGCUGUUACAUGUUCCGUAUCGAUGACAAUCUAGUGGUAGAUGCCACGCUCAAGGGGAAUGCUGCUAGAUUCAUCAACCAUUCUUGCGAUCCCAAUUGCUACUCACGCGUGGUGGAUAUCCACGGCCACAAGCACAUCCUUAUUUUUGCCCUGCGACGUAUCACUGUCGGCGAAGAGCUCACGUAUGAUUACAAGUUCCCAUUCGAAGAAGUCAAGAUACCCUGCACCUGCGGCGCCAAAAAAUGUCGCAAGUACCUUAAUUAAAGACUACGCGUAAGUAAGUUUACCUUGUGUCAAUUAUGAAGACAAGUUUCAUGUGGUUUCACGUUUAGCUUUUAUCAAAUUAACGAAAUACACCUUGUAAAUGUCUUUAGUGGACGACGAGUAUUGCAUUCGUGUAUUGAAUAUUGUUAUUAAAAAAGUACAUACAAAACGAGACAACAAACUUAAGAUUUGAUAAUAAAAAAAUUUGGAACUGGAUUAUUUUUAGAAAUAUCACGGUAUAGUAAAUUGAUGGAUCUCCUAAGAAUUCUAAGCAUACGCAUUUAGAAUUUAGUGUGGGGAAGUGUGUGUGUAAGCAUGAAAUACUGGGUUGAGCACAGUUUAUUAUGUGUACAUAUAUUUGUGUAUGUAAGACAAUAAGUUAAAUUCACAUAUCGCGUUAUUCCCACCUCGUAUCUUGACUUUUUCAGUGCCAUGAAUAGCAUUGGAUACACUGAGAAAUACAUGAAUCUUGUUAUGAUCUCUUUCUUGAAUCUGCCCAGUGUUUAUAAUUGUUGGAUUGUAUAAUUUGAAAUUAGAUUUAUUUAAGAAUUAUUUUGUGAUAAGUAUACAUUUUGUAUAUAAUUUUAGUUGCAUUGUUUUAAUAGAAUGUUUACUGUUUAGAGGUUUCGCGAUCGGCUUAAGUGUGUACACUAAACUUGGAUGUGAUAUGUUUUAGCCCCGGAUUUUGGGUACGAGAUUGGUUACUGCAUAUUGUAUAUUUGUUCCUCAUUUUAUUCUUAUUUGUCUUCAUAUGUGAUCAAUUAAGUCUCGACUAACAUAACGUACUAUGUGUAAAUAUAAUUUAUAGGGUCGUAUUUUAAUUAUUGAUAAUAAUAUUAGUACAUUCGAAAAAGGGUAGCAAAGUUACAAGUACAAUGUUACUUUUUAAUAAUUUUAAUUAGUAUUGUAUAGAAAAUUUGUAAAUAAGAGAAAUUAUCUGUCAUAAUAAUGAAGUUAAGUAAACAAAUUGUUUUAUUGUAGUCAUAGUAGUAGGUUGUACUUUAUAGACUAUAUUUUACUGUGUAAAUAAUAUAUUAAGUGGGAUAGUCAAGAGUGUGGCCAGAUAGUUUAUUGCAACUGUGGACCCAAAAGGAAACAUGAGAUUUGUUGAAUGACUCCCAUUAUUGUAGCACGAAUUAACAUGAUAUGCACAUUUGUUAGCUUUAAUACUGUAACAACACAGCUUAUGUUACAAAAUAAUUCAACUAUUAAUUUAAAUGUAAAUUAUCAUUUGUGUAAUUUUUUUAAUUGGCAAGUGGGAUAUUUUAGCAUUUUUUUUUUGUAAGCAUUUAUAGACUGAACUCUUUCAUCACAAUCCAAACUUAAUCAUCACAAUCCGAACUUAAUCAUCACAGAUUUCUACCAAAUUACUAGUGAGUGCAACAUACUGCAAAUAACUCAUAAUAAUUUUAGUAAUAAAAUAAUUAGAUGCAGAAACAAAUUAUUAUUAAAUUGAAAAAUAUGAAUUAAUGCAAAUGCCAUAGGGUAAAUUGAGUAAGUAAAAUUGUAACUGCAUCUAAUAAUGGCAGUAUUAAAAUAACUUAAUAUUUGUCCUCAAGUAUUUUAUAGACGAAAUCAAUAGAACAGAUUUUAAGAGUAGAAUAAAGAGAUAAAAAUAUAGAAAUAAUAAUAGAUUUAAACUUUUCAAAAUUUGUACACAAGAACAAAAUGCAACAGUAAUUGUUUGGCUGGCUUAAAACAGAAGAAUUUAUAAUAAAAUCUUUAUAUUCCGUAAUAUAUAUAUAUAUAUAUAUAUGUAAUACUAAUCAAAUCUCAUAAACAUGUGGAAUAGUUAUAUGAAAUCUAUUAGUUUAUAUCUAAGUAUCUUCUAGUAGUGUAUAUAUAAAAUACUGUAGUUACUAUUAAGGACUGAAAAGAUAACAUCACAUACAAAUAAUAAAAAUAACUAUACAUUACUAUUACAUACUUGACCACCAUAUACAUAAUAUUUUUUUUAAAUAGAUCCCUAUUAUUGAGAAGCCCUAAACACAGAAAAUUAAGAAAUAAUUGAAAGGAAUUCUAUAUGAAUAUUAUUAAUAAUGAGUUUGUUUUCUGCUUUUUAAGACCUUCAAAAAUAUUUUUUCCUAUUUUUUUUAAAACAGUCUUUUCACGUAUCUUCUGUCCUUGGGUCUUUGUUAUACAUUUAUAUAUACAAUGCAAAUAUAUACAAAUAUUACAGUCAUACUGUACCGAUGUCGUAAUAGUAGAUGGCAUUGUAAAUAUAAAAAUGAUUGCUACUAAAUUCAAAUUUCAAUAUUUUCUAUAGUUGGCAGAAUUUAUUAUUUAAAAAUAAAAUAAACAAAUAAUAUGCCAUAAUAUAUAAUUAAUACAAAAACUUAAUACAUGCCAAGAUUUACUAAUUUUGCCAAGUAUAGAUACAGUCUUUAAUAGAAUCAAAAUAAUACUGAGAGUGGAUGUAUACAGCGUUAUUUUGAAGUCUAUUAUUAAUAUUGCAAGGUAUUUGUCAAACUGCAGCUUAACAUUAAAACUAUGCUAUUUUUACACUUCAAAUAACAGUGUAUGUGCCAUCACAAUUGUUAUUAAAUAUAAUGUUACUUCACAUAUGUAUAUGGGAUUUGCAAUAGUAAAUGUUUACGCAAGUAUCAAGCCUCCAUACACAGCAGAUCGAAAUUAAGAGGGCAUAUAACUAAAAAAAAUCAUUUAAGUCAUUGCCAAGGUCUUACUAGGAAAUUAUUUAGUGCUAUUUAUUUCGGUAUAUUAAAAUUAAUGUUGCAUAAUUCUUUGUUCUCGAAUGUGUUGGUCAUUAGUACAUUUACUCCUGGUCUAAACUGUAAAUACUCAUAAUCUAUUCUCACCAGUACGGGCGCUAAAUUUUUAACACAUAUUUUAUUUUUAAUUUGGUAUCCAAUGUUAUGCAGACAAAUUUUCGAAUUUCUGGGAAUAAAAUGCAAGUUCUUGAAAAUGAAUAAAAAUAUCACUAAAUAAUUUAAAUAAUAUUGUUUGAUAAUGGUUGGUACGUCAAUAUUUUAUACAAACUUUUUAGGUCACGAUAGUUUAAA